AGUCUGCAGCGGUGAAGAAGCGCCUGUGUUCCUGCAGCUGAGGUCUGUUGUUGGUCGGAGUGAGUUUCACUCAUUCCUGGGGUUCAGGGGACCAAUAACGAGGACACAAUGCGAGUGCACGUACACACCAAAUUCUGCUUCCUGUGCAUUCUCACCUUCAUCUUCCAUCACUGCAACCAUUGCCACGCGGACGGACAUGACCACCCAACUGUCGGACAUCAGCACAUCGACCGGCAGAUCUCUGAGGCGCCGUAUGUCCGAGCCACCGCCGAGCCCGACGCUCCAGAAGGGGGACCUCUAGAGGAAGAGCAGCGUUUCUACAUCCAGCAGCUGUUCAGGCGCUACGGACAGAAAGACCGCUUGGACUUCCAGGGCUUCCAGAGUCUCCUGAUGAGUCUGGGUUUAGGGGAAGUGAAGUUGGUAGGUGUGGAUCAUGAGGAUCUGGGUCAUGACCAUGUAGCCCACCUUGACCUGCUGGACGUUCAGGAAGGGCUUCACUCACACUCAUCGUCUGGCGACGGCCACAAUCAUGACCACCACAACCACAAUCAUGAUCAUCACAGUCAUGAUCACCACAGUCACGACCAUCAUGACCAUCAUGACCACAGUCACGACCAUCAUGACCACAAGCCCCGUCAGCCACAAACAGAGCAGGUUCCAACACGAUGCAGCCACACCACUGCUUCCAGUCUGCCGACUGGUGAGCCGAGUGGGAACCAGGAACAGACUGAUCAUGAUAGGCAUGAUGAGGACCACCCACACCAGCAAACAGAAGCACAGACUAGCCGCAAACAUCUGACCUCUGUGCAUCAUGGCCACAGAAACCAUAGCCAUGACCGACACAAUCACACCGAUGGACAACUGGAGCCGCCAGUCGGUCCCACGCAAAAUCCGCCCAGGAGGACCAGGAGGCCGGGAAAGGUCAGAGGCCAGCGGAGGCCCAACAAGUUACCGACACCUGAAACACCCCAGUCUGUCAGUCAUGACCACGCUCAUAAAAACAAGAGAGAGGCUCCAGGUGCGGCUGCUGUGGCUCCAGAUUCACCAGUGCUUACAGAACAUCCAGGUGGAAUGACGCACCAGCAUGAGGAGUGUUUGAACCUGACUCAACUCCUCACCUACUACGGCCUGCAUCCCGACUCGGUCAUCUCCCCCAGCGAGUUCACCUUCCUGUGCCCCGCCCUGCUCUACCAGAUCGACAGCCGCGUCUGCAUCCGCCAUUACCAUCAGAUGGAGGUGGAGCAGGAAGCCCUGGAGCCCAUCAGUUCUGUGUGGGUGUGGAUCUGGGGCUUCGUCUCCAUCACCAUCAUCAGCCUGCUGUCCCUCCUGGGGGUCGUUCUCGUCCCCAUCCUCAAGCAGUCCUGCUUCAAGUUCCUGCUCACCUUCCUGGUGGCGCUAGCGGUGGGAACGCUCAGCGGAGACGCUCUCCUUCAUCUGCUGCCUCACUCUCAGGGUCAUCACGACCACAGCCAGCCCGCCGGCGGCGCCGCCGACCACGGCGAUCUGCUCACGGCCUUCGAUGGCGUGUGGAAGGGCCUGACUGCGCUGGCCGGCAUCUACCUCCUCUUCAUCAUCGAGCAUUGCAUCGGCAUGUUCAAGCACUACAGAGACCAGAGGGAGCUGAGGAAGCAGCUAAACAAGAGGAACAUCGAUGGGAACCAGUCAGACCAUCAGCACAGCCGCCACUCCGACGCAGAAUGGCUGAACCUGAAGCCGCUGGCAGAAGACCCGGACAGCUCCGCCGUUUCCUGCGACAAUACGCACAACGACACGCAGCUCAGUGAGCUGCAGCCGCCCGACUCCCCCACCACCAAAACGCCGCUGGCGUCCGACGGCGGCCGCAAGGCCCGCAAGCACGGACACGGACACGGACACGGACACUCCCACGGAGGGAACUGCCACUCGGACCAGGAGAUGAAGGACGCCGGCAUCGCCAGCAUCGCCUGGAUGGUCAUCAUGGGAGACGGCAUGCACAACUUCAGCGACGGCCUGGCGAUCGGCGCGGCGUUCAGCUCCAACAUAACGGGAGGCAUCAGCACUUCGGUGGCCGUCUUCUGCCACGAACUACCUCAUGAACUCGGGGACUUCGCCGUCCUGCUGAAGGCCGGCAUGUCGGUGAAGCAGGCCAUCGUCUACAACCUGCUGUCCGCCCUCAUGGCGUACGUCGGCAUGCUGAUCGGCACCGCCGUGGGCCAGUACACGCACAACGUCACCAACUGGAUCUUCGCCAUCACCGCCGGCAUGUUCCUCUAUGUGGCGCUGGUGGACAUGCUGCCAGAGAUGUUGCACGGCGACAGCGAGGAGCACAAACGCUGCCACCUGGGCCACUUCAUCCUGCAGAACGUCGGCAUGCUGACCGGCUUCGCCAUCAUGCUGCUAAUCGCCAUCUUUGAGGACCGCAUCGUGUUCGACUUUGGCUUCUAGCGGCCGGAAGCCACUGCGUCCGUCCUGCAUGCGCUCGUUGGUCUGCGUGUCGCGUCGUGUUGCUGUUUACGAAGCACAACGCCCAUCUGUGUCGUCGUCUUGUCCUUCGUCGAGUCCCACCUGCUGAUGUCAUCACGCCGCAUCCUGACGGGACCAGAAACAUUCCUCCGCACAAUAUCUCGUGUUUUUCCGUCGUCUGGGUUCGUCGGGAACCUGGAUCGGUAGAGUAGCCGCCAAACAGGGCUGGGCGAUAAAUCCAGUUCACUUUAUACGUUUAUGAAGUUUUUUGUGGAAAAUCUGGAUUUUUUUCACCAACACAUCUUUUGUUCCAAAGUUCAGCGGACAUUUUGUUUCGAAAGCAUUUUUAACAGCUUCUGUUUAUCUGGACUUUAUUUAGAAUUCGAUGAUGAAAUAUACGAUUUUAGCUUGAAAUUAUGAGAACAAAUAUGUACGGAAAUAAUUAAAUCAUACAAUAAAGACGCAAGAAUAAAGUUGUAAAAUUACCAGAAUAAGUUUGUGAUAUUAGGAAAAUAAGGUCGUAAUUUUAUGAAAACUCCAAUUAGAGGAAUAACAAAACAAAACUGAGCAUCUUGUGAAAUUAUACUUUUGUAUCAUUAAAAGAAACUCUUCAUUUUUUAACUCAUUAGCAUCAAAUUAUAAUCAGUAGCAGAACUUUGUGCAACUGAGUUAAUCUCAAACAAAGAAUAAAUGAACCGAUAACAUUAAAACCUUUUUUCUUUAAAUUUUAAGAAGUUUUUCUGGUAAAAUUGCGUCUUUAUCUGCUAGUAUGACUUUAUUGUCAAAGCCAGUUUUUGAAAAUAUUUUCCUAUGGUCUGUAGAAAAGAAAGCGAGCAAAAAACAUCUGUUAAACUUGGAUCUGGUGUGAAGAAAUAGUUGCUUUUACUUUGGCGAUGUGUCGCCCAGCCCUGCUGCCGGAGCUGUUAGCUUUAGCAUGUCCAGCUGUCCGCCAUGUUUCUGAAAGGAUGUAAAGAUCUGGAGCCAAACUGCAACGAUUUCCAUGUCAUACAUAAAUGUUGUAAUGAGAUCUAUGGAGCUACAUACGGGCCAUAAAGUUUGCACCAAAAAUUUAAGCUGGAAAAAAAAAGAUUGAAAACUGAAAAAUUAAACCAAUAAAACCAAAAAUUGUUUUGAAAAUUCAUUUUGAAACCCCCCAAAAAAAAUUUAUGCAAAAAAUGAAAACUACAAAUUGAUGUAAAACUAAAAAUUAUUUUGAAACUGAAAAAUAAUUCAAAAUAAAGAAAAAUUUUGAAAUUGGAAAAAAAAGGUAUACUUCUCAGAUUAAACUUUUUUAUUUUUAUUUCUUUUGUUUUUCAGAUAAAAUAAAAAAUUCUUGGUCAAACUUUAUGGCACCAAUUUAUCUCCAUAGCGAACCAACCUGAAGCUGUGAACUUGACUGCUGCGGUUUAUUCCUGGUUCUGAUCUAUGCAGAUUUUCUGCGUUUCUGUUGGACGCUGAAGCCGCCAAGAAACAUUUUGCUCAUUCCAGGCUCUUCUGUCUGAGAGUUUCGCCGCCAUCUUCAUCACAUUCCACAAGCGCAUAAGCUAACGCGGCGGCGUUCAUGACUGUAUCCUGUCACUGUGUGACAUCACCGUCUGGUCCCGCCCGGCGGCGAAUCAUCCUCAUGCUGUUUGAAUCAUGGAGCGUGAGACGCUAACGAGGUCCGACUGGACUCAUCAUGUGAAGGCAUUUUUUAAUUUCAUCAAACGUUCACCAGUUUUCAUCCCUUCAUCAGUUUUUCUUGUUUUGUUUUUGUUUUAAGUUAAUGAAUUUACAGUGGCUCUCAAAUCAACACAACUAAUUUAACAUAUCAGAUUAAUAAUUUUUACGUGACUAAUCUGCACAAUUCAACUAAAAACAGAAGAACAUGAUGCUCACAAGUGAACACGGUGGUGGCAGCAUCAUGCUUUGGAUGCUUUUCUACCGAUGGAACUGGAAAUGAAAACCCAGAGGGAGAUUGUUUCUCAGACUCCUAAUAAAAUGAGAAAAUUGUAUGUUUUCAAGAUAAUUCUGGAUAAAAAAUUUUUUAUUUAUUUUAGGUAAAUUUAACCAAGACAAAAAGAGACAAAAAGAUUAUUUCAGUCUAUGGCUGUGAAUUCUCAUUUAUACAUCAAAGUGUAAAAUUAAAAAUAACAGAGUGUGUAAACAUUUGAAAGUCACUGUAAAGCUGAAUGAAAAUAUUUAACAGACUUUGCUUUAUGGAAGCCCCUUGCUGCCAUGAAAAACAUAAAUGCCCAAUAUUGUUUUAAAGUCAUAAAUAUAAAAAUAAGUCAAAAUUCCAACUUUAUUUCAAAAUUGUUUCAGACAGUUGAAUGUAUGACUUUUAAAGUUGAAAUUAACUUUAUUUCAAAAUGUUGACUCAAAAUCUCAAAAUUUUGAAAGUCAAAAUUAUGACUUUUUCUCCUCAAACUGGCUUUCAAUUUCAAAAAUCAUGACUUUGACUGUUGAAAUUUUGAAUUUUUAUAUCAAACUUAUGACCUUCUGUUGGGCUUUUAUUUUGUCAUUUAUGACAGAAAUGGCCUUCCAUAAUAAAUACAUUAAUUUAAGUAAACAGCCACUGUAUGGGUCAAAUACUUGGUAAGUAAGGAGCGACUGAAGUGACUGUGUGAAUGAGUGAACCGACCCGGAUCCGUUCCAGCAGAACCUGACUGUUUUUACUGUAAUCUGGACUCGAUUCAUUUCGUCUCAUGCUGUUGGACAAACAUGGACUCCGCUCCAGGGAUUCCUCGCUGCUGAUUGGCCGGAAGAAGAAAAUGCUUUGAUCAUCAUUAUUUUUUUUUAUUAUGUGUAUAUUUGUUUUUGUAAGGUAUAAAAUGUAACAUGUCGCUGUUAGCCUGUUGGUGCGUUUUCCUGAAGAAGAAGAAUAAAGUGAAAGGAAGAUGCUGAA